GUGACACUGAAAGACAGGAAACGCUGUUCAGAGGCUGUGUAUUGGCAAGAUUUCGUGUAGAGGAAGGCCGAGAUGGUUCAGGCAUGUGGAAAGAAGGGAGAUAAAUUGGGUUAAAAUAUGCGUGAAUAUUAAUGGGAAGACUGUGGUUGACAUUGUAACAUGCAAAAACUGAUGCCAUGGAAGAGGUUGAGAACAAAGAACUACAGAGCAUCAUUACUGACGAGUGGGUUGCUGAAACUGCUGGAAUACACUAUGCCUGGGAUGUUUCAGGCCAGGCAGGCAAUUUAUCCCUUGAUAUUGCCCGUGGAGUCCUGCAAUCUUACAGCACUGUCACUGCUGUGGCAAAAUGCUCAGGGAGGCGGCGGCAGGUAGGAGGGUACAUACAAUGUCCAAAAUGUAGCACACCGUGGAUUGCUGGAUUCUGCCAACCUCGACUUUUAGGGUGCCCACGUAGUGCACGUAAUAUCAAACAUUUACUGAAAAAAGAAAGAAGGCAGCCAAAUAAACUAAACACUCUAGAAAAGAUGCAAGUUUCUGCUUUCCAUUUACAUAAAAAUAUUAUUGAGGUGUCUUGCUUAAUCUGUAAGUACAAAAUGAGAGAGUUAUGUUCAGUGCCAGUAAAAGAAAAGCCUGUGGUAGAAACAAAGAUUGAGGCCGCUAAGCGUAAAAAGAAAAAGAAGAGAGUUAAGGAAGCGAAUGCUGGAUUGUGUGUCUCAACCCCAAAGUCUAAUACAGUAUCCAGGGUUCCUAAAUCUGUUUCCAUUUCAAGCAAACACACAAAAACCAAUCAGAAGGAUAGUAUGGUUUCAGAUUCUUCAGGAAGCAACUUGAGACAAAAAAACAUAGAUAAAUUAGUACAAAUGAAUAUUAAUAAAACUGAAAGAUGUGAUUCAUCAAGCAGCGAUGGGAAAACCAUUUGUGAAAGAGUUGCACAGAGCAUUGCCAAGUCAUCAUACUCGAGUGCAUCAAAUCAUACUACCGAUUCUCAACCACAUUCCACAAUAGCAUUAAGUUCAGGUUUCAGGCAAGGGUCUAAGCCUGGAAGUCCUAAUCCUAAGCAGAAGAAAGCAAGACAGAAAAAGCUCAUGACAUUGAAGAGUGCAAUGGUAAAGGACAUCAAUAAAAAUAAUAGUAGUAGUGAUAAGAAGAGUACUCUUAAUGACUUUCUUACUAGUCUGUUUUGAUAUUUACAUGCAGACCAAGCUCCACUGAUGUCUGUCUGCCCCUAGCUCAGUUAAUUUGAUUGGUUCUGUGUUGUGUUGCACCAAUACAUUGGUUUGUUUAUUGCCAGAUAUUUUCUUACCUUUUCAAAUCUCAAACUCCCAGUAUGGCAUCUUUUCCCCUCCAGUGCACAGUAUAUAGGUAUGCCUCGGUGGCUGUGUUUACUGUAGGUAUAUACCUCGCUAUAUAUUACUUUACUAUACAUCAUUUUGCAUUUGUUGGUGAAUUAAAAGAACAAUUUAAUUUUUUUUAACUAAACUCAUGAGCCUUUGAAUGCCAAUCCACCAUCUAACCCUCCACUACAGUCACACUGACCAAGUUAAACACAAACACACUAAUAUUUCCUAUAAGCACAUUUUGUAAACUAUUCCCAGUAAUAUUUUUUCAAUAGUUACUGUAUUUCCAAUACUAUACUGUACAAACACACUAGAAAAUAAAAACAUUUCAAUAUAAAUUUAUAAAUGCUAUAAUCCACACAAUGGUAACCAGAGUUUUGUUCGUCACACACACUUCACGUACAGAUACAUCAAGCUUAGCUAACACACUAAAAGUCCCUACACACUUCAUAAUAAAGGAAUGUAACAAUUUUACUAAUCGAUGAUAUUACCAUAACUGCUACAAGGAGCUGUACAAUCGGAAGAAAACUGACCAGCUGUCUUUGUUAAGCCCCGUCCACAUGAUCGAGCACUGCCCGACGGGCACUCGCUUAAUGCCCGUUGUUCGGGCAAACCAACCAAGUGACCGUGGUCGAGCGAAAUCACCAGAUAAGGCCAUCUGCCUGGUGGUUUGACCGUUUGCUGCCGGGUAUGGAUGGGCGACCCUGCCAGACAAACGAAGUUAACCUUGGAACCCUGGCCAUCAGUGAUAACUUGUUAAAACAUACUCUAGUAUUUUAGUUUUAUUGACGAAUAAUCAUGUUGGUUUGGUUUACGUCUUUAUUGUUUAGAGUGGGUUUUCAGAUAUUUAAUUUAAGACUACAUAAGCUAGGGAGUAUAUAAUUAUGUUAAAUACAGUGUAUAAUAAGUUGUCUAUAGCGUUUUGGAAGCAACCUUGUGUCCUAAACAGAUGUAUCAUGUGUAUGGAGGGUUAUCCCCUUUUACAAAGUGUUAUUUUCAUUAAUAAUCGAUAAAAACCGGAAACCCUACUAAGCCUAAUAUAUCACAUAAGAAGACAUGUGUUACCAUGGGAACCUCUCGUGACUGUCAAAAUUGAAUAACUAUGUAUACUACAAAUCUCACCUGCAAGUAACCCUCCUUGAGUACUUCAUAUAUGGCUUGACAAGUUGCAGGUAUUAUGGUAGACAAACUUUGAUAUCCUCGUUGUAUACUGCAGCGACGUGUAGGAGCACCCAGUUGAAAGAAAUACGAGCGUAGCCUCUAGACGAGCCUCUGGAGAUGUGCCCUGCCUCAUAAUGGUAUCUUUUUUUUAUGUAUGGUUCCAAUUUAGCGAGAAGUCUAUAGAAGGUGUUGGGGUCCAUUCUCAUGUAGUUACUGAAGUCUUUCUCGGGUUCACCUUGCAGUUCACGUAAAAUCGUGGUAGGACUUCCCUAACUUUUCGUUGAGAUAACCAUUCCUUGCACAUUCCCUUUUCUGUUUUUCUUCUUUUUGCACACAAGCAAUCAUUAUACACAGCGCUAUAGUCUUCGAUUUAACUGUCCUGCGACACACCAUGGUGAUCGUACCGCAGCAGCUACUGCCGACCACCUACUAGCUACCAGCAGCAGUGUGUGCAACGACACACAGACUUUGUCCGCCAGGCACUGUUCAAUCGUGUGGACGGGGCUUUAAAGGUUAUCCAGAGAUGAAAGGCAGGCAAACUUGCCACUUCAUCACGGUACCUCCACCGCAAGCCUCCAUACUUAGUCUCCUCAACCAUUUUGGGGUAUAUUUAUUUAUCUUAUAUAAUGUAGGUAUAUAAUAUUUUAUUGAGAAAAAUCUGACCAUAAAUGUCCCCCAGCAACCUAACCCCAUAACCAUAUCAUUAGAUAUUCAGUUUACUUAGCCAGAAAAAAACAGAUAAAGUGGAUAAUAUCAACAAUAUUGACAUGGCUGAGCCAACAGAGAUGCUAAGGUAAACUCUUAUUGAAUAUACUGUACAGUCAUUUCACUGAACAUUGUUUUCAAAAAUGCACGUCUGAUGAAAAGCAAUGUAUGCCUGUAGCAUAAUCAAGCAAUUGAUGAAAUGUCUCCACCUAGCACAUCUAGGUUUACAAGGUCUCACACCUGCCCUUUGCUAUGAUCAUCAUGUCCAAUGUAUAUUUUCAGCCUUUAGGCUGCAGAACUUUUUCAAUAAACCGUUAAUUAUUAUCAUUAUUAUUAUUAUUAUUAUACUUCUGUUUACAGUACAGAACAUUCAUUUCCCAAGACAAAACAUGAAAAUAAGGAAUAGGGAAUGAAAAGCAGUAAUUUUUAAAUAAUUAUUUCAAAAUAACUAUCCAUGAAUAUUUUCAUUCAUCACAGUACAAUAAAAUCACAUUUAAGGUAACAACCUAUCAAGAAGAAAAAAGAUGUCACUCGAAUCACUAAAAAUCCUAAUGAAUCGACUAAUUCAAAAUAAGAAAGCAAAUAUAUUAAUAACACAAUCUGAUAAUUACCAGUAACUGCAUGGACAGUUUUGUAAUAAGAAUAAAAAAUGGUUAGAGGUAAUUCACCUGAUCUUGAAAGUGGUACGGAUUAAUCCCGACAAAUGUCAAUCUAAGAGUAAGGAAUGCUACUAAUUAUGAUAGGAUUUAAUGUUAUCACCAACUCCCAAGCUUCUCAAUUCACCCUUCAUAUCUUGCAUGAGAAGAAAAAAAACACCCUACAUUUAUUCACCUACUUAACCCUUAAGCCCC